AUUUCAGUUUAAUUAGUAAUCACGUUAGAAUCGCUCAAAGCACUUUCUUCCAGCCGUUGCGAAAAUAUUUCCUUAUUUAUUAUUUUUAGAUUUCUAUCAACCAAAAUGGCAAACGAAGAAGAACCACAACAAAAACUAAUCAUUACAGAUUCUUCGAAAAUUUACGACGAUAUGUCAUCUUACUACUUGAAGGAAACUUUUUCCGAUAUUCAGCUAAUCUUAUCCGAUAAAACAAUCCAUGCGCACAAGAUUGUUCUCGCUGCUCGUUGCAAAUAUUUUGAGUCUCUUUUACUGCAAGACCCAAAACAAACCCAGAUUGAAUUAAUCAAUGUGCCUUCAAAGGCUCUUGAAACAAUACUGUAUUAUAUAUAUACAGGAACCGUUGUCAUUGCAUCACUAGAUGAAAAUUAUGUGUCCGAUAUAUUGAAGCUAGCACACGAAUAUUCGUUAAAAACACUGGUACAGACUAUAAACGAAAAAAUGGUUUCCAUUGUCGAUUUAUCCAAUGUUUGUUUCCUUUUAAACGUUGCCAAUGCACACGACAUUGACAAGUUAAAAGAAAUAUGUCACACUUUUGUCGAUGAACAUGUUUCACAAACGUUUGAACACGAUUUUCUAAACGUUCUCACACAAAAAUCUAUGGUCAACUUGUUGAAAAGAGAUGCGUUUCCUGUUCAAGAAAUCGAUAUUUUUAAGAUAGCGGCCAACUGGUGCAAGAUUAAUGAAGAUUUGGACAGCUUGGUUAUUGAAUGUAUUCGGUUUCCUUGCUUAACCCGAAACGAAAUCUUGAAUGUUGUUUGGCCGUCUAAAGUGGUAGAUAACGAAAAACUGCUAAAGGUUCUUGCAACGAUUGAAAAUAACGGUACAAAAGAGACACAACGACACGUUUUUGAAAAGUUUGUAAUAAAAAAUCUUGCAACUGGAGAAUAUAAUGUUAAAGUAAUUUCUGGAUUAAAUACCACAAUGUUGUUUGAAGAGACUGAAAACGAGGAAGAUGGUGCUUAUCAUAAUGAGGACGAUAAAGACGGUAUUACUGUAGAUCUUGCUGGGGUAAAAUGCUUCAAUCACAUAACGAUGAAUAUAAGAGAAUCGUGGGUCGGUUACAGGAUUGAAAUUUCCACAGAUCUACAAAAGUGGCAUAACGUUAUAGAUUACAGUAUAUACGAAUGCAUAUAUAAUCAAAAUUUAUAUUUUGAACAACAGAAGGCUAGAUACAUUCGAAUAAUUUUUGAGUCUUCUUCAGCCAGAAUUUGUAAAUUUCAAGUUUACAUGAGCAGGAAUGUUCCUACGAUACAUAACCAAGUUGUUUGCCCUUCUUCAAACGUGAUAACUUCCGAAACAGUUAUAACAUGCAGGGAGACGUCUCCUGGUUCAUUCACUACGCAUCUGUACUUAAAUCAACCAUACAUGAUUUCACGGAUAAAAGUUACGUUGCAAUUUCACACAUCCAUAUCUAGUAUAGAAACUUCCACAGACAACUCGCCCUGGGAAAAACUUGAACUUCCAAAAGACAAAAACUUACUGCUCCGUUUUAACAAAAGAAUAGUCAAUUGUAUUAGAAUUAUUGGUCAACUUUCUCGUAAUGUGGUAAGUUCCAUCAUUUUAUUAACAGUUCUAGUGAUUGUUUACUCAAUAGACAGUUAACGGCUUUUUGGAGAAUAUUGAAUGUUUCUAACUAAGAACUUCCAAGUUCAAAACUGUGAGUUAAGUUAAGUUUUAAAAACAAUCAAAUCUGUAAAUUUCUGCAUUACAUUUUUUUAUCAUUCUAUCACUUUUGUCUUAAACUACACCUAGAAAAAAUUGAAAAUAAACCACCAUCGUCGCGCAAGUGUGAGUCUGCAUUUGUCGUCUUGUCGAAAUAAAAACUGAAUACCUGAAAUAAUAGUUUUAUUGUAAGAUAGUGUGUUAAAAAUUGGUCUAGUCAUGUUUAGACGGAGUUUCCUUCACUUCUGUAUUAAACAAAUCCAGCUUAAUAAAUUAAUUACGAAAAUUUAUUAGGCACUCAAAUUUUAUUGAUAACAAGAUUUCCAUUAAAGUGGAAACGUGCUAGGAUCUGUCGAUUUUUACGAAAAAGUGUGUAACGAAGCGAAUUUUCGCGGGCCGGAAACCGUGACGCAUACCGCGAGAGCCGGGGGGAAAUUUCCAGAUCUCAAGUUCGCCGCCCCCAGAGCCAAGAGGAGCCCGUCCUGAGGGAAGUCGCCGCCCAGGAGGAACGACCGUGCCGGGCAUUUAAUUAAUCUUGUUUGUAAAACCGUUUUGUAGUUAUUUAUGUUAUUUAGCCGUAAGUUUUAUUAUUUUAGACCGUGUAGCUGGUGGCAUGGAAUAAACCCUAUUUAUUGUUAAAAUU